UCUUUCGUCGUUCGGUCGUGUUUUCGAGACACUUCGCGAGGAUAUCAAAAUCGCGUGAUUAAUCGGUCGACGGUUUUCAGUGCGAUACUGUGCAUUAGUGUAGGUGAAAAAACGUACGGAGAAGCAGAUAUUUUUAGCAAUAUUCCUUGCGAAUUGUUCGAAGAAACAUCUUGCGUUUGCUUCGAACUGCAGGGAAAGCUUCGCUCGUGGAAGUUUGCAGUUGUGUCACUUGCCGGAGUGAAAGAAGAAAGUAGUCGAAAGUGCACUUCAGCAGAGGUCGCCGAAAAUUGGUGUUGCAGAAAGAGUGAAAAAUUUGCUUCGUACGAAUUCAAUAUCGCCCGUGUGGAAGAAGGUGAAAAGCGAUCAGAGAAGCUAAAGAAGAAUCUAUUCAUAGCAGAAAGCAGAGAAUCAUCCGAUCGCCACAUAAACAGUUUUUUGUUUUUGCGAACUUCUCUCUCGUUCGCUCACAUUGUCACGUUUCGGCAACGGCGGGAGAGUGAAAGAGGAACAAACAAGCAAACACGUAUUUGACAGUUUCGUAUUGUGGCCGGUUGCUGCAGUUAGUGGAAUUCGAUUGUCGUAGAAAUUCGUCUAUCGUUCGAAACUUGAAUGCCGUCUAGUCAAGGUUACCAAAAGGUAGCGUCCGAACCGGUCGAACCAGAGCCAGUUGCAGCCAAGCUAGCCGCGGAAAUGUCCGGCAUUCAGCAGGUUGUCACCGGCAAUCCGGCUGGUAAGAUUCCAGCCACCAACUCCCAGCAGCGACUGGUGCUGGCUGACUCCGAUAGUGUUGCUUCUUCACAGGACGAAGGCGACCCGGAGGCUCCGCCGGGUCUCCCCGGGGAUGACGACGAUUCGGGGGUUAGCAGUGUUGGCGGGAUGCGUUCGGUAACCGGGAAGGCCUGGUUCACGGUGUCAGUGCUGUGCUUUGUGAACCUUAUCAACUACAUGGAUCGUUUCACGAUUGCCGGUGUACUGACGGACAUUCAGUCAUACUUUUCAAUCGGUGACGAUGAGGGCGGACUGCUGCAGACGGCAUUUGUGCUGUCGUACAUGAUAUGUGCCCCCCUCUUUGGCUACCUUGGGGAUCGCUACUCGCGCAAAUGGAUUAUGGCCCUAGGAGUGUUCCUGUGGAGCACGACAACGCUGCUCGGUUCAUUUAUGCACCAAUUCGGGUGGUUCAUCACUUUCCGAGCGCUAGUGGGAAUUGGGGAGGCAUCCUACAGUACCAUCGCACCGACAAUAAUAUCAGAUCUCUUCGUUGGAGAUACGCGCUCCAAGAUGCUGGCUAUGUUCUACUUUGCCAUCCCGGUUGGAUCUGGUUUCGGAUAUAUCGUCGGAUCGGAAACGGCAAAGUUUUUCGGUAGCUGGGCAUACGCGCUGCGAGUUACCCCGUUGCUCGGCAUCAUCGCAGUAGUGCUUAUAGCGAUGCUAGAAGACCCCGAGCGAGGCCAGAGCGAAGGAUCACAUCAAAUGGAAGUCACGUCCUACCGGGAGGAUAUCAAGGCAAUCGUCCGGAAUCCAUCGUUCAUGCUAUCCACCGCUGGAUUCACCUGCGUCGCAUUUGUUGCCGGUGCCCUAGCAUGGUGGGGACCCAAGUUCAUCUAUCUAGGGCUGGUAUCGCAGCCGGGCAAUGAAAACAUCACGCUGAACGACGUUUCGUUCACAUUCGGAGCCAUCACAAUGACCACCGGUAUAAUUGGUGUUCCACUUGGAUCGUACCUGUCUCAACGCUUCAAUCGCAAAUAUCCGCGGGCGGAUGCGUACAUCUGUGCACUCGGAUUGAUCCUGAGCGCUCCGCUGCUGGCCGGCGGGAUGCUCAUGGUCACGGCAAACACAACUUUAGCAUACGUUUUAGUAUUUUUCGGAGAAUUAGCACUGAAUCUCAAUUGGGCAAUUGUAGCGGAUAUUUUACUGUAUGUUGUCGUGCCAACGCGCCGGUCUACAGCGGAAGCUUUCCAAAUCCUGAUCUCACACGCUUUCGGUGAUGCUGGCAGUCCUUACUUUGUUGGAUUGAUCUCGGAAGCCAUCAAGCGAUUACUACGGCUCACUGCGGCAAGCGCUGCGCUGGUAUUCCCGGCUGAUCUCACCAGUUACUCACAGCUUGCGGAAAAUGCAACCACCACAACGACGACGUUCGCUCCUGUAGCCGAAGAUUCCCCAGCCAUCCAGUUCAGGGCUUUGCAGUAUGCGCUCUUCUCGACGAGUUUCGUGGAAAUCAUCGGUGGAGUUUUCUUUCUCUUAACGGCGAUGUACAUUCUGCGGGAUCGACGAAAUGUUGAACGAGCUGUCGCAGGUUGUGAGCUGGAGCUUAGCGAAAGCUCAUCCGGCUCGGAAUCACACGACCAAACAUUGACCCAAGAUUCGCAUAGUCACAAUCACGCUCAUCACCACGCUAGUCAUAGUCAUCCACACAGUCACCGACAUCAGCAGCGAUGCGCCCGUUUCCCGUCGGAAGUCGCUGCCCGCUCGUCAUAACAACAACCGAUUGAGAUCAUUUAAUUAGUAGUGUCAUUUGGAUCCUGAAACUCGAUCGGGAGUAGCAAGUGGGUCCAAGCGGAACAUUUCACCCAUUCUAGUAAUCAAAGAGAACCAAUAGUGUAUCCGCGGGAGAACGCUUCUGACACACGGGUAUAUAAGUGUUCCCCUGCAUCUAGAGAGUCAAACUGCCAGCACAAACUACAUCUCCAGUUCCUCUGUUUCGGAAUGAUAGCAAUAUGUUAGCACUAGACAAUACACACCACACCAGGUUUAGGAUAUUGUAACAGUUGGUCGUAAAAUUAGGAACGAAAGUGUGCGAUUAAUCAAUGUAUAUAUGUAAGAAUAGAGCGAGAAUCGAACGUUAUCUCUGUUCGAUAUAAUACCCAAAUACACAGCUUUCUUCUGUUUCAUUUUCUAAAAUGUUUUAGAACCAAUAGUUCGGAAGUUAAUCUAAGAAAAGGGAAAGUUUAUAUUUGCCCAUAAGGACUGACGUUUAGGUUUAAGUGAAGUAUGGUAAAUGGUAAGACGAUUUUUUUUGAGUAGAUUGCCACCCGUUUCGGCGUUUAUUUUGCAAAUGAACUUUUAACAUACCAAUGGUAGCAAAUAACGAUGAAAAGAAGCAUGCUAGGGCCACCGUGUGAAUGAUGAUGGCGUGCGCAACAGAGAGGAAUGUAGGUAGAUACUAUUCAGUGAGUCAAUUGUAAUCGACAAAUCGAAAUGAUGAGAGAGACUGUUUCAAACUGUAACUGAUGGAACCAGAUAUACUUCUCAACACUUAUUACUAGCGUAAGAAUAGAGUUGUUGUUUUUCUUCUUAAUUUUCGUAUUUUGUUGAAGUGUUCGUUCGAAUGAAAGUAUAUUAUAAUUGAUAGAAAGAGGAUCGCAUCACAUAAACAUAACGCUAAAUAUUUAUUAAUCGAUUAAUUAGAGGUUAGAGAAUAAGACAGAUCUAAUCGAGAGCGAUAUUGAAGAUCAUUAAAUGCUGUUGAAUAUUUUGUAACACACAGGUAACUGAUGCAAAUUAUCACAGAAAUAAUACAUUUUUCUUUUUAA